AUGUCUUUCCAUCCCUCCAUACCUCCUCCUCUCCCUCUCUCUCUCUCUCUCUCUCGUUCAUUUGUUGAGAGAGAUGGAAUGAAACAGAAAUUGAAAAACUACUGUAGAAUGAUGCCCUAUCUAAAUAUCAGCUACGGCGCCGCCUAUCGAGCAGGAGCAGUGCUUACCAUAAGGCUAAGCAGGUGCCUCACGAGCAUUUACGGCGCCGCCUAUCGAGCAGGAGCAGUGCUUACCUCACGGCGCCGCCUAUGGAGCAGUGAGCAGUGCUUACUCAUAAGGCCACGGCGCCGCCUAUCGAGCAGGAGAGCUUACCAUAAGGCUACGGCGCCGCCUAUCGAGCAGGAGCAGGCCACGGCGCCGCCUCAUAACCGGGUCACGGCGCCGCCUUAUCGAGCAGGAGCGGUGCUUACUCAUAAGGUCACGGCGCCGCCUAUCGAGCAGGAGCGGUGCUUACCAUUACGGCGCCGCCUAUCGAGCAGGAGCGACCGGUGCUUACGGCGCCGCCUUAUCGAGCAGGAGCGGUGCUUACUUAUAAGGCCACGGCGCCGCCUAUCGAGCAGGAGCGGUGCCGUUAUCGAGCAGGAGCGUCACGGCGCCGCCUAUCGAGCAGAAGGCGGCGGCGCCGCCUAUCGAGCAGGAGCGGUGCUUACUCAUAAGGUCACGGCGCCGCCUAUCGAGCAGGAGCGGUGCUUACUUAUAAGGCCACGGCGCGCCUAUCGAGCAGGAGCGGUGCUUACCAUAGGCUACGGCGCCGCCUCAUCGAGCAGGAGCGGUGCUUACUAUAAGGUCACGGCGCCGCCUAUCGAGCAGGAGUGGUGCUUACUCAUAAGGCUACGGCGCUGCCUAUCGAGCAGGAGCGGUGCUUACCAUAAGGUCAUGGCGCCGCCUUAUCGAGCAGAAGCGGUGCUUACUCAUAAGGUCACGGCGCCGCCUUAUCGAGCAGGAGAGCAAGCUACUCAUAAGGCUACGGCGCCGCCUAUCGAGCAGGAGCGGUGCUUACCAUUUAUAAUGCCACGGCGCCGCCUAUCGAGCAGGAGCAGUGCUUACCAUAAGGUCACGGCGCCGCCUAUCGAGCAGGAGCGGGUGCUUACUCAUAAGGCACACGGCGCCGCCUAUCGAGCAGGAGCGGUGCUUAUCAUAAGGCCACGCGCCGCCUAUCGAGCAGGAGCGGUCACGGCGCCGCUAGCAGGAGCGCCGCCUAUCGAGCAGGAGCUGUGCGCAUUAAGGUCACGGCGCCGCCUAUCGAGCAGGAGAGCAGUGCUUACUCAUAAGGCCACGGCGCCGCCUAUCGAGCAGGAGCACAGGAGCGGUGCGACUCAGGCGUCACGGUGCCUAUCGAGCAGGAGCAGUGCUUACCAUAAGGGCUACGGCGCCGCCUAUAUCGAGCGGGGCGGUGCUUACUCGACAGGCUGCGGCGCCGCCUAUCGAGCAGGAGCGGUGUUUACUCAUAGGUCACGGCGCCGCCUAUCGAGCAGGAGCAGUGCUUACUUUAUAAGGUCACGGCGCCGCCUAUCGAGGCAGGAGCGGUGCUUACCGAGUAAGGCCACGGCGCCGCCUAUCGAGCAGGAGCGGUGUUACUAUAAGCAAUAUGGCGCUGCCUAUCGAGCAGGAGCAGGCGUUGAUUUCAUAUACAGUCAUGGCGCCGCCUAUCGAGCAGGAGCGGUGCUUACCAUAAGGCGUCGCUGGCGCCGCCUAUCGAGCAGGACCGGUGCUUACUCAGUAUAA